GAUUCAGCGUUUAUUAUCGUGUAGGAAAGAUGGCAGGCGUGCAGCCGCCACCCCUCCGCAGCCUGGAUGAUUUCCUCCUGACCUCCGCCCGGUUCGCCGUGCCUGAUGUGCGCGACCUGGACCGCUGGAACAACCGCAUCAUCAACAACCUGCUGUACUACCAGAGCAACUACUUCCUGUCCGCGCUGAUCCUGCUGCUCACUGUGGGGUACAUGCGGCCCUUCCAGUUGCUUGUCGGGGGGGUGGUGGUCACCUUGUUGUUCCUGGGCUUUGUCUGGGCUGCCGAGAACCAGGCUCCCAUUCGCCGCUUCCGUAGAAACCAUCCAUCAAUCUCCGUGUUUGCCAUUCUUUUGGUCAGUUAUCUAUUGAUAUCGGUGCUGGGAGGAGUGGCCGUGUUCCUGUUUGGGAUAGCCUUUCCUAUACUGAUGGUUCUGGUCCAUGCGUCGGUGAGGCUGCGCAGCCUGAAGAACAAGCUGGAGAACAAACUGGAGAGCAUCGGCUUGAAGAGGACACCCAUGGGAAUCCUGCUGGAGGCCCUGGGACAGGAACAGGAGGCUGGAUCCUAGAGAGGAGAGGGGGUGUGCGUGUGUGUUAGUGUGAUGUAAUAUCUAAGGUAAAUGAAGAGAGAAAUGGAUAUGAAGUACUGUAAGUGUGAAAUAGGACAAGAAGAACAAUGUAGGAAAAGGAGAACAUUCAUGCAAGUAAUACGACUGUAAUCUCCAAACAUGUUUGCACUUUGUGUUAAGAAAAGGAAACUGAAAAUGAUUCAUGUGGAUCCACAGUGUGUCCCUCCUGUCAAUAGAGAAAAAUGCAAAUGUGCAAAUCAGUUAUUCAAUGACGAGAUAAGAUGGACAUAUUAAGUAGAUCCUGACUUCAAAUUAUUCCCCUUUUUCAUUUAGAGUUUACAUCAUUUUAUGUUGCUUUGAAAAUUAAAUGCUUAAAUGAGAUGAAGUUAUAAGAGAAUAGGAGGUUUUAUAUGACGAACAAAGCUCCCAAAAAGAGUUGAUACAGGACCAACGGGAGCAUAUAUAAGUGAAGGAAACAAUUGAAUAAUUUCACUGACCACAUUUCAAAGCCUGUUUUUAGCGAUAAGACUAAGAUGUCCUGUCCUUUAGCAGUACCAUUAGCUCACAUGCUGAACAUUAUCUGCUAGUGUAAUCAUCAGUAAGUUAGCAUUCUGACAUUAGCAUUAAGGUCACAGCACCUAUAGCAUGACUUGGUAUUUAUUAUUUGCUUUUUCUUAAUUUUCAAGCCUAUUAUAUUUUGUAUUGCCUACAUGACCACUAUAACAUGUUUUUGUUAGAUGCAGAGGAGGCCAGCUUUUGCUUUUAUGUGUGCAUUUUUGACAAUUGUGAAUUUUGUUAGCAUAUUUAUAUGUGCCAUUGUAGUAUUGAUUUUUGCUUAUGUUGUUGACUGUUUUGGGGUUUGAACACGCGACUAUUCCGUAACAUGGCUCUCCCUCAGGGGUUCGUGUUCGUUAAGCGGCAACCUCCCGUUCUGAAAAGUGCCUUAAACCUGCAUUAUCUGAUAUCCAGCAGGGCGAGACUCCACUUUUUGUAAAAUGAGGUCCGGUUGUGCAGAAGUCUAUGAAAAAAUGACCCUACUUUUCACUUAAUUUAUUGCCUCAGUAAAUAUUUUCCUGAUGGUUUUAUGGUCUUAAUCUCCGUCUCCAAGUCUUCUUAAAUACAGCAUGAGCGUAGGAGUAACAUUUUAUUUCAUUUCCGGUUUAGGUGUUAAACAUGUUUUCGAUUUACAUCUUUAACACUUUCACAGUAUGUGUUGACUCAAAGUUAAUGUAACAUUGCCUUGUUCAGAGUUUGGUUGUUAUUACCUCCACCCAAAGAUGGUGACGGAAAGAAACUCAGUACUCAAGACUUCAAAACGGUAGACCACAAACCUGACCAAUGUGGUCUUGACCCUGCGUCACUAGACACAUGUCAGUAAAAAUACCUAUAUCUAAGCGGAAAUAAAUGCUUGUUGGUCCAUCUUGUCAAUGCAAUGAUAUAUUAGUGACAGCGCACAUUUAACUCAUUUUACGGCCGAUGUUUCUGAAUGUUCCGUGUGUUGCCUUCCAUUCAAAUCAAUACAAGCAUUUUGACUCACCAACACCAUGUUUUGCCAAAAGCUGGUAUUUAUUUCAUUUGAGUUUUCCAAAUAAAACAUGAAUGCUG